AGCUUCCUCAGAUCUGGGCAGAGGAACCAGAGGGAAAAGCCACCUUCCCAGGCACAGCCAUAACAUCCACCUCACUCAACUGCUUGUCAAGUUCACCACCAACACAGAGGGGGCUCAGAUAAUCAAGAAACAAUGUCGAGUGAUGAUAAAAUUAAAUCAAAUGACCCCAAGACUGAGCCCAAGAACUGCGAUCCCAAGUGUGAACAAAAGUGUGAGUCCAAAUGCCAGCCCAGCUGUUUAAAGAAGCUGCUGCAACGCUGCUCCGAAAAGUGCCCACGGGAAAAGUGUCCAGCACCACCCAAGUGCCCGCCCUGCCCCUCGCAGUCUCCUUCAUCCUGCCCUCCCCAGCCCUGCACCAAGCCCUGUCCUCCUAAAUGCCCUUCAUCCUGCUCACAUGCUUGCCCACCUCCCUGCCCUCCCCCAGAGUGAGGCACUGUGGGCACUACCCAACCCCACCACCACUGCCACCUCCACCAUGUACAACGCUGUGGGGCUGGAGACUGAAACCAUGAACUGACAAGUAAACGUGUUCCUCUGCUGUGCAAGACUUCUCCUGGUGUUUCUGGAAGUCAAAAAGGAGGAGGGACAGAAGAGCCACCGCGCCCGGCCAAGAUAGACAUCUCUUAAUGGCUACUUUCCCAACAAAAAGCUGGAUCAAAGGCAAUUCUGGGGAAAUGGUUGGGACAUGAUGAGGGUGCCACCUCCCUAUAGAAUGCCAUAAUUACUCCCAGCCCCAGCGGCAGUCACCAGGGUUCUGCCCCAAACAGUAGAGGGCUGUAUAAAUAAGCAACGCCUGAAGAGUGGCAUCACAAGAAUCUGUGCGGCACCAGGCUCGAUGGCUCCCAGAUAACAAGACAGGCAGGACCAAGGCCUCUCCCUUCAUGACAAAGCAGUUCUGAGGAUCCAUUAAGAUGGUCACAAAAGGAGCCUCCACCACAGACCCCUUUGCCUUGUCCUUUCUUGAGAAUCAGGCAGAGUACAGCUAGCCUUCUAAAAGGGCUUUUAAGACCUCCCAAAUCAGGCAACUGGCUGUGAGGUGGGCUGGCGCUGUGAGGGCUGGGCACAGAACCUCGGGGAUGUCUGGCUUUGAAGCUGAAAGGAACCUUAGAGAUCUUUUUCCUGCAUCCUCCACUCCACGCAUGAAUGCCAACUGGGGAGAGGGGAGGAAGUAACCAGUUACCAAACGUCCUAUUUUUCCUGUCCUGUUCCCACAGGACCAAGAUUGCAGCUCAGCACACGAGCACAGGCAAAUUCUAGAAGGCUUUAUUAGUGAUAAGUCAUAACUGCUUCCAUGUCACAGGGGUUGAUGCUCAGCAAAGAGAUCAGUAAAAACACUAAGCCGUUUGCCAAACACAUAAAGAUUUUAAAAUACAAACUGAUGGUAAAAUGCAUACCAGGAUAUUUUCAGCUGUACCUGUCUUCCAAGUGCAGGAAAUCUCAUAUGUCUCAUCUCCAGAGCUAUAUGCUCCCUCCCAGGCUCAAAGGAAACUCUUCUCAGACUAAGGAGUCAUGGCUUUUUCCCAGAAAUGCGCUCAUCAUCUCUCACCUACACCAUUCAACCCUCCUAACUGGCUUUCGAAGUUCACCUUCCUCCAGUUCUUACUCCAGUGGAAGCCAGCCAAGGCAGUCUUGCUAAAAUUCAAAUUUAUACAUGAUGUCCUUGCUUAAAAUCCUUGAGUCUCCCCUUUGCCUAGAGGGCAGCUCAAAUAACAUUCUGUCAUGCAAAAGCCUUCAGAAUCAAGCCCCUGACUCCUUCUCUAGCCAUAAGGCCAUUUCUCCAUCUCCUUCUAGAACUUUACAGCCCAGGAACAGCCACAAGAUACAGAUCCUGCCAGCCCUCCUAAUGCCUUGCCAGGAAGAUGCAGUCUACCUCCAUGUGGGUCCCUCACCUCGGGCAGCAGCAAGGAAAGGGAAAGGGCUUGGCAUCCUACAGACAUGGGCUCCAAGCAAGCACUGCACCAGCCAGCUGUGGAGCCGGGCAAAAUGCUUCGCCUCAUUGGGAGAAGGGAGCUCUUCACCUGAGGAAUGAGAAGAAAAGUCUCACCAAGGGGCAAGGUGGGGUGAUGAAGUCAGAUAACUUAUAUCAAGCCCCUAGUGUGGGCAAUUGAACUUAGGAAGCCAAGAUGCCAACAGUACUCUAGUAUCUAUGUACACACUCGGAGUCACAACCCAUCGCCUACUGCAGCAAAAGCUUCCUGCUAUCUGCUGUGAGAAGCAGUGCAUUUGAGGGAGAAACAGGGAGUUCCACAAAAGGAUGACAAAUAUCUCUGAAGGCAAGUAGAGUUAGGGGCCACCUCGCCACCCCAUUCCCAGGUUGGGCCCACAGUAGGAGCCAGAAGGAGAUGCUCAUAUUGCCGAAUAUCAGAGCUGAACGUGGCAUUUAAAAUAUCCUCAGUGUCUACAUGAGGAAGCGAAGGUCCAGAGAGGGGAACAACCAAAGUCACAGGGUGUCGGUUGUAGAAAGCAUCCAGGAUUUCUAAUCCUGAUUUAGGCCAAGGUGUGCCAGAAAUCAAACUCAAAAGGGAAAAAGUUGAAGAUCUACAACAAAUUUAAGUAACUGGGGAACAUCCUUCCUCCCCACCAUCUGUGUUGGUGAUCUUUGUCCUGGAGUCCCUGAACACCCUAUAGAUGACGGCAUGUACAUGACACAGGAGAGUUGCUUUGUCUCUUCAACAGCAUUCUAAGAAAAGAUGAAAAAUGCAAAGAGGAAGAGAAUUGAAAGGAGGAGAUGAAAAAGGAGGAGAAAAAGAAGGAUGAGUCUCCCCACCCUACACCUACUCUCCCAGAUGCCCCAAAUGACUUUUUCUCUUCAGAUAUACAGCUGGGUAUUCCAAGUCUUUCCACUCUCAGGCCUCUGUCUACUGCCAGGACCUCAAUGGGGCUCAUGGUGAUGUCACAUUAACCUCUGAGAACCAGUCUCAAAGGUCAAAAAUGCUUCCUGAUCUCCCCAGCUUACCUUUUAAAAACUUUUCAGGUAUCAAGCAUCCAAAACCUAUAUAAACAUUUGAGACAUUUUUGAUUUUAGCCAAAUAUUCUUCUUAGGAAAUGACUUAAACCUACCCCUUCAAGUUAAGAGAUUGAACAUAACUUUUUUUAUAUACUUUAAGUUUUAGGGUACAUGUGCACAACGUGCAGGUUAGUUACAUAUGUAUACAUGUGCCAUGUUGGUGUGCUGCACCCAGUAACUCGUCAUUUAACAUUAGGUAUAUCUCCAAAUGCUAUCCCUCCCCUCUCCUCCCACCCCACAACAGGCCCCUGUGUGUGAGAACAUAACUUUAAAUUAAGGAGAAAGGAAGGGAACAUCAUCAUAUUUAAAGACCCUUGAAUUUGGUCAACUUCAGCAAACAAACACAGAACCACCACUUUAAGGAAAUGGGGGCUUCUUUCAAAGUAAGUCUUUUCCCAUUUUCAAUUAAAUGAGAUUUUCCUCCACUCCCAGCUCUCCCACAUCCACCUUCUUUAUUCCUUCAUUAAUACAUUUACCCCAUCAAUAAUCAUUUGUCUUCCAUCAUCUUCCACUUACUAUACCUAUGGCAUAGUACCUAUCCUCUAGGAACUUAUAACCCCGGAAAAAAUAAGAUCUAUAUAUAAAUAUCUGGAAAGUCCUAAUUUCAAUAGUAAAUGUCAUAUGAAUAAUAUAAACAAUAGAUACCAUGGGAGUGCAUAAAGAGGUGGAUUCAUUUCUGGUUUAGAGUAAUCAGGAAAGGCUCUCAGAGGGUGGUAGACAUGAGUAAAGCUUUGCAGAAUGCUUAGGAUUUCCACAGGCACAGGGAGAACACACCAGGUAAAAACUAACAGCCCAAACUAGAAAGUAGAGGUAGAGAAAACUGGGUGUGUUUGCUUUGAAACUUUUCCUUUCAUCCCCUGACUUUUAUUGACUUGAGUUCUAAGAAAACGUAUUCCAGAAGGCAAAGAGACAAGUUAACUUUGUUCCAGCCUGUUCUCCUGGUCACUAUGAAAACUCUGUGAGUAAUUCCACUUUCAGAAGGGUGUUAUAAAUCAAGGUUGAGAAGAUGAAGAUUGUCUGCCUUCUCCUUCUUCUGUCUUCCCCUUCACCCCACUUCACAACCUAAGAGUAACAAAUGAACCGCAAUUUCCCUCAAGACCACCACGCAGGAAAAUCACUCUCUUCAGCAGGCUGAAAGCCUUUUGUUGGCUUGGAACCACAGGACGAGCCUUCGUCCUUGCAUCUGAAGGGUGACUUUCUAGGCUUGAUGAAGAAGUGUCUGCAACAGGCCAUACAAGCCCUUGACCCAGAGAGGCCCCAGGCCUUAGGCAUAAAAUCUUCCCAUUGGUGAAGAUGAGAUGAGCAAGGUGGAUCUUAUCUCUCACCACAUCCUGUACCAGUUUGGGUAGACAAGGAAUCCUGGUUGAACAGACUGAGAUAACACUUUAUGAACAUUCUUUUCCUGCUGCCUCUGAUGAGAGAGAUCUGAGAGAAGCCCCUCCCUGCUGAGGUCUGGUGAGGACCCACAGGCCAAAAUGCAGUCUGAUUAACAGGCAUCCCAAGCAGUGACUCAAACCAUCGGCAAUUUCAGAGGAAGCUUGUUAUGGUGACUCCACAAUUAGUACCACAGCCCAUGUGGCCAGUCAGUCCCGCGGGAGGCUGGACUAAGCACCAUAUAAAAGUCCCACCUUGCUGGGCUUCACAGUCCACAGCCUUUGUUGAGUCUUGUUGAAGAUCAGGCUCUGCAAAUCACCCCAGGAUGUCCUUCAGUGAGCAGCAGUGCAAGCAGCCCUGUGUGCCCCCUCCAUGCCUCCCAAAAACCCAGGAGCUGUGCCAAGCAAAGGCUGAGGAGGUGUGCCUCCCCACAUGCCAGCACCCCUGCCAAGAUAAGUGUCUAGUGCAGGCCCAGGAGGUAUGUCUUUCUCAGUGUCAGGAAUCAACUCAAGAAAAAUGCCCACAGCAAGGCCAAGAUCCAUGCCUACCUCCAUGCCAAGACCAGUGUCCACCUCAGUGUGCAGAGCCAUGCCAGGAGCUAUUCCAGACAAAAUGUGUGGAGGUUUGCCCACAGAAAGUCCAGGAGAAGUGCUCAUCCCCUGGCAAGGGAAAGUAGCUGCUCAUAUGUCAUCUGGGUUCAAGAAGAUGGCCAGCAGAUGAAACCCUGACCCCAGCCCAUGCUCUGGUGACCUUCUUCUGUGGGUACCUCUGUGUGCAAUGUACCUUCUUGCCUCCUGGCUUCCUUAGCAUUCCAGGACUUGGUCUGUGUCUCUGAAGACAGUUCUUUCUGUAUUUCAUCACCCUCUGUGAAUAAGCGUUGUUCUCAGCAGUCUGAUGGAAGGUCUCAAAUGUAGGAAUGGUGUGGUUGUCAGGGAAGACCACAGAAGCCUAGCACAGCUUCCUUGGUGCAAAAAUUCACCCAGCUCUGGGUGUGUAACAGCCAAGGAUGCCUUCAUUCAUCUUUCAGAGUUUCAGGCUCUCAAAUAAGCUUCAAAACAAACGGAAUGCUGAUGGACUUUCCACUUAUCACCACCACCACCACCUCCACCACCACCACCACCACAGGUGUUGAGACAAAGCGGCUUGCGAUGUUUCAAAAAUCAAAAAUUGGGUGAUUUUGUCUCUGUACACUAAAAAGAACAGCAAAUUAUUGAACAUUGAAAUGUUGGUUGUGCUUUUUUAAAAUGAACCGAAAGUAUGUAAAUGAUUGAAUCCAAACAACCAGAAAGGAAAGAUAAGAUGGAUGUUUGGUGCCCUUGUCAAUCUCUGUGCUUCAUAGCUGGUCUAAUGUGGGCCCUUAGUUCUCACCAUGUACACUCUUUAGAGAUGUGAUUUGUGUCUGUGUGAUGCAGGCUGGUCUGUUCUCCAGCUUCCUUGCCUUCUUCUCCCUGGUGAAGGUAAAAUACAUAAUAAAGCUGAUCCUAAGGCUGA